AUGACAAGCGCUGCUCAGGUGAGCUCCCACGGCACUAGAGCGCUCGGCGCUCGUAGUAUUGCCUCCCCGCGACCCGCAUCGAGCUCAUCCUCGCCGCCGCACCCGCUUGCCAGAUCCAGGCUCGUCCUCGCCAGAUUAGGCUUCUCCUCGCCGGAUCUGGUGGUGGCCACUCGGAUCUGGGCUGGUCCUCGCCGGAUCGAGCUCAUCCUUGCCGGAUUUGGUGGUGGCCGCCACCAUGUGCUUCAUGCGGCCUCCAGCAGCGCGCCGGAGGAGAGAAGGCGGAGUCCCGGGUCACCGACGGCGUUCGCGCCCGGGAGGGCCGGGGAGGAUUCCGUGGCGGGAGCGGCAUCCGCGAGGAGCUCUGGCUCGGCCAAGGAUGCGGCGGCGGUGGCACAGAAAGAUCAAGGAGCGGAUAAGCCUUCUUCCGCCGCAGCCGAGAGUUCGAAGAGGAGGAAGGAGCCGGAGCAACAGCAACCCGCAGCGCCAUGGGCGAAGCUGCUCUCGCAGUGCUCACAGGCACUAAGGAGAAUGCAGCGAGUUGGGAUGAGACUUAAUGUCUCUGCAUAUACUGUUGCUAUUAAGACUUAUGGUCUGCCAGUAAGCUUUUCUACAAUGUCCUCCAGCAAUGUUUUUAAGGCGUCGCUUUGGCGUCGCCUAAUCGCCAAGGCGCUCCAGGCCAGACGAUUUGGCAGACGACUCGCCUCAAAUUCGUAUGGCGUCCGGAAAACGUCGCUUUGGCGUCCGAUUCUUCCCAGAUCGAGCAAGGCGGGCGCCAUACGGGAUGCUCGCGGCGGGAAAACGCGGGAGCGCGGGAGAAGGGAUGGGGGAAAAGAGCAGUCCCGCGCGCAGAGAUUAGGCGCGCGUGGAGAGAGGAGCGCGGGAGAAAUCAGAGAGCAGAGAGAGGAGCGCUCGCGGGGAAGACGGACCUACCUGCUCGCCCGCGUGAACGCGUUCGCCCGCGCCGCCGGGAGAAGCUGCUGCCGACAUUAUGAUAUGAAACAUGGCAUAGUCAAUGGUUUACUCUACAUCAACCUGCAAAAAUUCCAUCGAUGUGACGUACAAAACUCUCCUGGCAGCACGCAGCAAUUAUGGAUCACUACAGGAGGUCCAGCAAUGUUUAGCAAUAUAUCAGGAAAUGAGGAAAGCAAGAGUUUAUGUCUAAAGAAGAAUCAUUGGUGGUCCAGGACCAGCAAGAUGAUGGUGGUAUCAAGAUCAGCCAUGUACGCCACUUGUCUAUAG